CUCCAAAUCAUUAGAUAGGCAAAACUUUCAUGCAAAAUGGCCGGAAUGUGGUCUUUUCCGGUCGUUGCCCUCGUCUCACUCGUCUUGGUCUCGUCCUCUGCUACCGCCCACAAUGAUUUCCACUCAUGGCUCGAGAAUAACAAAGCUAUGUACGAAGCCAGAAUGGGUCAAAUAGCGAAUGGAAUUAACGUUACGAUGGAGGACGCAUUGGCAGUUGCAGAGAACGGCACUAAGGUCCUAGUCGUGUGCAAGGACGGUAGCUGUGACUAUGGAACCUUGCAGGCUGCAGUAGACAGCAUCCCUGUGGGGAAUACACAACGUUAUAUCUUGAAGAUAAAACCUGGUCUCUAUAAGGAGAAGGUGAACGUGCCAAGGACCAAGCCCUUUGUGACUUUCUUGGGUGACCCCAUCAACAUGCCGACAAUCUCAUAUAACGGUAAUUCGGCCAAAUAUGGGACAUGGAAUAGUGCCACAGUUAUCGUCGAGGCAGACUAUUUUAUCGCCAUGAACGUCAUUUUCGAGAACUCAUCCCCGAGACCAAAGGAUGGGGAGGAGGGACAGGCAGUGGCCCUUCGUAUUUCCGGCGACAAAGCAGCGUUCUACAGAUGCAGAUUCAUUGGGUUUCAAGACACUCUUUGCGACGAUGUCGGUCGCCAUCUCUUCAAGAACUGCUUUAUUCAGGGGACAGUCGACUUCAUCUUUGGAGCUGCUAGAUCCCUCUACUCUAACUGUGAGAUCAACUCAGUGGCCACUGGGCGAACAGCCAUCACAGCUCAGGCUCGGUCGAGCGAGAGCGAUGAGGGCGGGUUUUCGUUUGUGAACUGCAAGAUCACAGGCACAGGGCAGGCUACCCUGAGCAGGGCGUGGCGCAAGUACUCGCGAGUGAUCUUUGCACGCACCUACAUGGGCAACCUCAUCGAUAAGUUGGGGUGGGACAACCAUGGCUACACUGACAGAGAUCAGACGGUGUUCUACGGAGAGUACCAAUGCUUCGGACCAGGUGCUACCAUGGAUGGACGCGUCCCCUACGCCAAGAAGCUAAGGACGGAAGACGUGAAACCCUUCUUAGAUGUCACCUACAUUCUUGGCCGCACCUGGCUCCGCACGCCACCCCCUUUCCAAAACCUAAACUAAGUCCAUUGUGGAGGGUUUGAGUGCGACGAAGGCCCAAGCUUUGUUUUCUCUUUUCUGUUUUUCUCUAUUCAUGGGCUUUUUUUCUUUGGUUUUCGGGCUGGUUUAUCAAGGCUUCUUUGCCAUGGUAAGUGUAUGAAAGUUUUCCGUUUAACGAUCAUGGGAGAAAUUGGGUAUUCAAACCUUGUGUCUACUUGGGCUGUUAGGCAUCAGUAGGCCUGUUGGGCAUAAACUAACGAGUGAAGAUAUGAUCUAACAAUAGUUUACUUUUUAUUUUUAUUUUUAAA